AUGGCGUCCCGGAGACUCGCUCUGAACCUCGCCCAGGGCCUUCGUGGCCGGGCCGGAGGGCUUUCUGUGCCAUUCAGGCGAGGUCUCGCGACGCCGCAUCACUCGCCUGCGAUCAAGACCGAGACGACAACACUCAAGAAUGGCCUGACUGUCGCGACUCAGUACUCGCCCUAUGCUCAGACGUCCACUGUCGGCAUGUGGAUCGAUGCCGGCUCCCGCGCCGAGACCGACGAGACGAACGGCACCGCACACUUCCUCGAGCACCUUGCCUUUAAGGGUACUUCGAAGAGGACACAGCACCAAUUGGAGCUCGAGAUCGAGAACAUGGGCGCCCACCUCAACGCCUACACAUCACGCGAGAACACCGUUUACUUCGCCAAGGCCCUCAACGAGGACGUCCCCAAGUGCGUGGACAUCCUGCAAGACAUUCUCCAGAACUCGACGCUCGAGGAGUCGGCCAUCGAGCGGGAACGCGACGUCAUUCUGCGCGAAUCUGAGGAGGUGGAGAAGCAGCUCGAGGAGGUCGUCUUCGACCAUCUGCAUGCCACCGCCUACCAGAACCAGGCCUUGGGCCGCACCAUCCUCGGCCCCCGGGAGAACAUCCGCGAUAUCACCCGGACCGAGCUCGUGAACUACAUCAAGAACAACUACACGGCUGACCGCAUGGUCCUGGUCGGCGCCGGCGGUAUCCCCCACGAGCAGCUCGUUGAGAUGGCCGACAAGUACUUCGACAAGCUGCCGUCCAAGGCGCCCGAGUCCAGCGCCUACCUCCUCUCCAAGAAGAAGUCCGACUUCAUUGGCUCUGACGUCAGGAUCCGCGACGACACUAUCCCGACCGCCAACAUUGCUAUUGCUGUGGAGGGUGUCAGCUGGAACGACGACGACUACUUCACCGCGCUGGUCACCCAGGCCAUUGUCGGCAACUACGACAAGGCGCUUGGCAAUGCGCCCCACCAGGGCAGCAAGCUCAGCGGCCUCGUCCACAAGAACGACCUGGCUACCAGCUUCAUGAGCUUCUCCACGAGCUACAGCGACACUGGUCUCUGGGGUAUCUACAUGGUCACAGACCAGCUCACAAGGAUCGACGACCUGGUGCACUUUGCCCUGCGCGAGUGGUCGCGUCUAUCGAGCAACGUCUCCGAGGCCGAGGUCGAGCGCGCCAAGGCCCAGCUGAAGGCCUCCAUCCUCCUGUCCCUGGAUGGCACCACCGCCGUCGCCGAGGACAUCGGCCGGCAAAUCGUCACCACGGGCCGCCGGAUGAGCCCCGCCGAGAUUGAGCGGGUCAUCGACAACAUCACCGAGAAGGACGUUAUGGAUUUCGCCAACAGGAAACUCUGGGACAAGGACAUCGCCAUCAGCGCCAUCGGCAGCAUCGAGGGUCUCUAUGAAUACAUGAGAAUCAGGGCCGACAUGACCAGGAACUACUAG